AUGGAUUUAAUUCAAGUGUAUAAUUUUCUUAUUUCAAUCAUAGUUGUUUCAAUUUUAAUUCCCGUCUUGGAUGGGUCAAAAGGAUGCCAUUUAAGACCAGUUAUUCAUGUGUUAAGUCAUCCUGGUUGUUUAUCCAAGCCAAUUCCGUCAUUUGCUUGCCAUGGAUCUUGUUCAUCUUAUGUUCAGGUUUCAGGAUCCAAGUUUUGGCAAGUUGAAAGAUCGUGUAUGUGUUGUCAAGAAAUGGGUGAAAGAGAGGCGACCGUUGGCAUAUUCUGUCCGAAGAAGACACCUAAAUUUAGAAAGAUCGCCACCAAAGCUCCAGUUGAUUGUAUGUGUCGCCCUUGCACUGGUAUUGAUGAUUUAACAAUCAAACCUCAGGAGCUGAUAAAUUUGACUGAAGAGUUAAGGAAAACUGACCAAGAUGGUUCAUCAUAAAUUAUUUUCAUCUCGUUCACCAGUUCAUUGUUAAUACCUAUUCGAAUAAUAACAUCAAAAUGCUAACCUUCAUUUCAAACAUGUAAUAUUAUCGUUUUAAAACAAUCAAACAACCAAUUUACAUUCAUCAAUAUUAAACACAUAGUCAACACAUUGACUUAUAUAGAUGAAUUUUUAACUAACAAACCAUCGAUCUAAAGAAUUGCCAACACAUUAUUUAUUGAAAUUUAUAUUCAUAAAAAAUUAUUAAAAUAAUUCGAGAUAAUCAUGCAUAAAAUAGAAAAUAAAAAAUUUGAAAAGCAAGCAUAAAAGCAACAUAUGAUUCAGGUCUAAAAGCUGAUCUUGUGCUUUGUUAACUUGACAACCAUGUGUCUUUUUCAGAUGUUUAAUAGGUGAGGCUUUUCACUAAUCUCAAUUUACUCAUCAAUAUUCCGUUAAAUUAGUUUUUUUUAUUGCUACAAGUGGACUAAUCUCAAUUAAAA